AUGUCAGAUUAAAAGAAAAUAAAAAAACCUAAUUUAUCUUCAGUCAGUUUAACUGAAAAACCAUCUAUAAUGAAAUAAUAGAAAUCUCCUAAACACUAUAAAAUGUCUUUUGAUCCUGAAAAGUAUGUUGAAAGGGAAGAUUAUUUAAAGAUGGAAAAGAAAUAUAAUGAAUUAGUAUAAAGAGUUCAAGCAUUAUUUUUGGAAAUCAACAAUAGAUAUUAUGUAAGUAUUUAAGUAUUAAACAGGAUUUUAAUGACAUUAAUGAAAAAUUAAAUAGAAAAUCAAAUGAAUUUGGAUAUACUAGAUUAGAUCCUUAUCGAUUGAUUGAUUUAAUUAAAGAGAUGCUUGCUACUUAUAUUAAGUAUCUUAAAUGAUUGCUAAUUAUGAUAGGGGUAUUAUUUAAACAGAAGAAGAAGUUCAAUCAUAUAAGUUAUGCAAUGAUGAUGAAUAAUAAGAUUAUAUUUGGUUAUUACAUAAAAGUGAAAUGGACAUGAGAAAAAUGAUAAGAGAAAAUUAGUAAUUGAAAUUAUUGAUAUAAAAUUUGGAAAUCAAAAUUAGUAAUAAUGAAAAAUAAAUUGAAUUACUUACUACAUAUACAUAAAAAGCUAUGGAAGAAAUGAAAAGUGAAUUUACAUUUGCAAUAGAUUUACUUUCAGAAAGAGAGAGUAGUCUUAAUAUUCUUAAAGAUGAAAUCAAAAGAUAGACUGAAUUAAUUACUUCAUAAAAAUAACAAUUAAUUUCUGNUAUAUUUAUAGACCAAUUAGUUUGUAACCAAUUAAAUUAUUGGUUCUAAAUAUAUUAGAUGCAUCAUAAUUCAAUGGGCUAUCUGGAUUAGGCUUUUAAAGCAUUAAUCUAACAACUUGAAUGA